GGUUUGCCCCUUCCAUCUCCUUCUGCCCCCUUUCCAGCAUCCAUAAUUACCCCAGGCAGAUAAAGCAUGUCUGACAGCGCUCAGCGCAGCUUUCGCUCUCAACUGUCCUCAUUCAGAUGGGCCAACUCAGUCCAAGACGACUCUCAGCCUGCUCCCCCGCCCUCGACCUCAAAUCCUUUUUCUCGAGCAUGGAAUAGUAUGUCGGGGUAUAUACCCCUCCGGAAUGAAGGCAAUAGUCAGGAGGAAGAGGCUUAUUUCGCUUUAAGUAGAUGGGAAAGAUUCAUUGGAUUUCUGGCUUGUUGUGCUGGUGGAAUAGCAUGUUUUGGUAUCGCAUUCCUUUUCCUGCCCAUUCUUGCCAUUAAACCACGGAAGUUUGCGCUCGCCUUUACCCUUGGAAGCUGUUUGUUUAUGCUUGGAUUCGCCAUCUUACAUGGUCCUUGGAACCAUUUCAAGCAUAUCCUUUCUCCAGAACGAAUUCCCUUCUCUCUUUGUUAUUUUGGCUCUCUAGGCCUCACCCUCUUCUUCGCCAUCGGUAUCAGAUCCACUAUCGGCACACUUCUGGCCUCAAUCAUACAGGUCGUUGCCCUGUUGUCAUAUGUGAUAGCUUAUUUCCCAGGCGGUAUGACUACUUUGAGACUCGGAGGUCAAAUGGCUAUGAGAGGCGCGGGGAACCUAUUACCAAUCUAAUAAUGUGAUGCGAAGUGAUUAAUAGCUGGUAAUAAUGCUACCAUCAGUCGUCCGACAUGAAUCCUGCAU